CUAAAAAGGACGCAAAACAAAAAUCGAGAAUUAAAUUCAUUCAUUUAUAUUAUUCAUUAGGGAAUCACAGAGAAAGGAAAAGAAAGAGAGUCAGAAGAAGAAAAAAGAAAAAAGAAAUCCAAAUCAUCGAUGGGUAAAGCAUGCGUGGUUUGGAUUUUGGCGUCGAUCGCCGCGUCGUGUUUGUGGGCGGCGGCGAUGGGGCAGAACACGACGACGAUAUACGAGGAGCUGCAGGCGCAGGGUCUUCCGGUGGGGCUUCUCCCGAAGGGCAUCGUCAAGUACUCGUUGAACGCUUCCAGUGGCGAGUUCGAGGUUUGGAUGAAGGAACCGUGCAACGCAAAGUUCGAGAACGAGGUUCACUACGAUUCCAACAUAAAGGGUAUCCUCGGAUACGGUCGGAUCGGGGAAUUAUCCGGUGUGUCGGCGCAGGAGCUCUUCCUGUGGUUCCCUGUUAAGGGUAUUCGUGUCGAUGUUCCCACCUCUGGUCUCAUUCAUUUCGAUGUUGGUGUUGCUGACAAGCAAUUCUCUUUGUCGCUCUUUGAGGAUCCUCCUGAUUGCAGCCCCCAGGUUAAUGUUGGUGGUGGUAAAGGUGAGCUUUGGGCUGCUUGGUGAUAGGAGGAGUGUUGCUGCAUUUCAAAUUACUAUUAUUAUACAGCUGAAUCGGCUCCUCUGUGUCUGUGGUUGGUCUUGUUUGAUAUAUACACACAUUCCUGCUGUACAGUACGGUCUGUCUCUUUUCUGCUUUGAUUGAAUCAAUAGCUUGACUGAGGGACAAAGGAUGACAAUUUUGGUGGUCGGCAAGCCUAUGGUUUUGGCAAAAUCUGCGUCAGACAGGGAUGUAGGGUGGUUAGGUUGGUUUUGCUAAUGUACCAAGGUUUUAUUAUCUGUAUUCUACUCUUUUUAUUUGUGCAUAUAAUUGUUUCAGCCUUGUCUUAGAUUCAAGUAUUUUAAAAUAAAAUAAAAAAACAUAAUAUGUUAGGUUGUUCUUCUAUUAUAUUAACUUUUUCCUACAAUCAUAUUGCGAGAA